AUGGGCGACUUUGAGGAACUGCCGGAGGCUUUUUUGAGACCCCAGUGUCGACAAGCAAAAGUCGCUGGGUGCACGUACCGGCAAAUUGUGGUUGACGAUGAGUCGCGUGACUUGUUUGACCUGCCCGUCUGGGAUCAGAACGAAAAUUUGCAGAAAUGGCGCGAGAGGAAAGGGGUUGCCACUGGGAAGGAACAACACAGAGAAAUGCCCUUGAGACACUGGGAAGAUGAAGACGGUUAUUUUGAUGAGGAAGAAGCGAGUCUGUUAACUUUUGAUGAUGCAUCUAGCUCGUGGACGUUGAAAAUGAGCAUUCCGAGUGAUCUUCACUGUAGUGUUGUCGGGAAAAAGGGGCGUACACUGCGUGAGUUGCAGAAGGAGUUUCAUGUGUCCAUUCAUAUGCCAUCCGGGAACGACGAUGAGAUAACCAUACGGGGAUCUCAUCGCGAUUCUCUGCUAUCGGUGAAGGCGGAAAUCGAAAUUCUGCUCGAGCAGCAGAAACCUUCAAGACGGUAUACCCACUUCAUUUGCAUCCCCCUCAUAGACCCUCGAUUGGGAGAGAGAUUCAACAUCUUCAAAGCUCAACUGACCGCGGCGUACCCUGACCUCGACGACGCACUCUUUGCUCAGCCAAAUCGCCUGCACUUCACCAUUCUUAUGCUGCACCUUCCCACCAGAGACAGUGAAGAAAGGUGCCAGCAACUCCUGGAGUCUAUUGGACCGCAAAUCUACGACGCCGUCGACACACGCUCCAUGCGGCUGCACCUCAAGGGUCUAGAAAUAAUGAACGACGACCCGUCUGCAACCCACGUUGUGUACACCACGCAGUAUAGCGGGAACGACGCCGAUCAGGAAACGCUCAACAGACUGAACCGCCUUUGCGAAGCGAUUAUAGUGGCAUUUAAAGAUGCAGGAAUCGUCACGGUAGAGGAACUUCAUCGCCAACGCCUCGUCGACAGUGAAGGGACGAACGUUUCAGUCAAACUGCACGCGACGGUCAUGAACACAACGUAUCAGAUCCGAAAGGCCAUACGGUCCCGCAUUGACGCUGAAAACGAGGAUUCUGCUUCGGCUCAAGAGAGGAAACGCGAGGCAAUUCGGAAAGCUCGUGAAGGCUUCGAUGCAACGCAGUUGCUCCGAGAUUUCCGUCUCUUCGAUUUCCUUAAUGCCCAAGCCACUUGUGUCAGUCUGUGUAGGCUGACUGGCAGCGAAGAACAGGGAGGUUUCUAUAGUACCGUCGCGUCGGUGCGACUUCCGUAG